AUGCCCCCCUCCCACAAACGCCUCCUAAAAGAAGCCACCGAGCUCUCCACCUCCCCAUCCCCAUAUUUCCACGCCGCCCCGGUCCAAGACAACCUCUACGACUGGCACUUCACGCUAGCCGGCCCGCCCUCCCCAUCGCCGUACUCGGGAGGGAUCUAUCACGGCCGAAUCGUCCUCCCGCCGACCUACCCGCUGCGGCCACCUUCGUUCCGCUUCCUCACGCCCACGGGCCGCUUCGAAGUCAACCGCGAGAUCUGUCUUAGUAUCUCGGGUCAUCAUGAGGAGUCGUGGCAGCCUGCGUGGGGGAUCAGGACGGCGUUGAUUGCGAUAAGGAGUUUUAUGGAUGGGGAUGCGAAGGGGCAGUUGGGGGGGUUGGAUGUGCCGGAGGAGGUGAGGCGGGAGUAUGCGGGACGGAGUGGGGGGUGGUGUUGUGAGGUUUGUGGGAGGAGUAAUGAGGCGAUUUUGGGGGAGUGGAGGGGGGAGUGUAAGGAGAAGGGGGUUGUGGUUGAUGAUGGUGAUGAUGUUGGGGAUGGGGAGGGGAAGGUGGAGGGGGAGAAGGUGGUUGAGGAUAAACUGGACGAUUCGAAUGACAAGGAAGAGAAGGGGGGUCUGUCAGAGCAGGUCUCGCUCUCCCAAGCGGAUGAGGCUGUGGGUUUUCGAGCAGAUGCGGGCUCAUCUGCCGAGACCAAGCAGCAGCAGCAGCAGCAGCAGCAGCCACUGCAGGAACAGCAACCAUUGUCUGCAGAUGUUCCUGCAUCUACGUCCACGUCGACUUCAGCACCAGCAGCAUCACAGCCUACUACAUCCCCGACAACGACAACACCCACGCCAACAAGAACAACACAACCCGCUAUCAUCCCUCCCGUCUCCCAAUCAACCCAUCGAACUGUAUCGCAGGAUGGUCCCUGGCUGGACCGCGCGAUCAUCGGGGUUCUAAUUGCGCUGGUGUUUAUGAUCCUGCGACGAGUUGCAGGUACCGAUGAUUAA